AACCCUGGAUGCUCCUAACUCUAACCCUGGAUGCUCCUAACCCUGGAUGCUCCUAACUCUAACCCUGGAUGCUCCUAACCCUAACCCUGGGUUUAUUUUUAAAUCUUCCGUGGCUUUGUGGGGGGGGGGAGUUUAGUUCAACCCGGAUGUGUGGUGAUCAGUGAGGGUGAAGAUAAGAGGUUCCAGGAACAACAUUCUGAGUAUUGGUCUGACAGAGAUGCUGUCCAGUGUGGCAGAGGAGGUGAGGCUGGCUAUCCACAGUGACAUCAGUGGGUCUGAAGUCCUCUACAGCCUUCUCAGCGCCCCCUGGCUACAGUCUCUACUCAAGAUCUACGAGUGUCUGCAAAAGUUCAGAAGGCUUCCACCCAGUCCCUACCUGUCCUAUGCUUCUGGUCUCUCUCACGAGAUCCUGUCCAACAUUAGAGCAGUACCAGCUCCGUCCCCAGAGGCCAGACAGCUCUAUAGUCUAUUGAAGUCCCCCCAUCUACAGGCCCUCCUCUCAGCCCAUGACAUGGUGGCCCAGACGGACUAUGAGCCAGUUCUCCCUCCGCUCCCUGAGGACCUGCCGGAAGACGAGGAGGCCAUGAGGAUCGUCUGUCUGGUCAAGAACAAACAGCCUCUGGGAGCCACGAUAAAGAGGGACGAGGAAACCGGAGAGAUAUUCAUAGCCCGGGUGAUACACGGAGGCCUUGCCGAUCGCAGUGGUCUUCUGCAUCCAGGGGAUCUGCUGGUGGAGGUGAAUGGGAACCCUGUAGAAGGACUGGACCCAGAACAGGUCAUACAGAUACUGGUCCAAUCUCAAGGCACUAUUUUGUUCAAAGUGAUUCCAAACACACCACAAUCAACUAAGACCCAACAGCCAGCCUUGCUGUAUGUGCGGGCCAUGGCAGACUACUGCCCCCUGCAGGACCCAGCCAUCCCCUGUCCUGACGCUGGCAUGGUCUUCAGUAGAGGAGACCUGCUGGAGAUAGUCGACCAGACAGACAUCCACUGGUGGCAGGCUAGGAAGCUUCCCAGUGCCUCAGCCUGCGCCGGCCUCAUCCCCUCCACCAGUCUGCUCAAGAGCAAACAGAGGGAGACAUGGUGGUCACAGCCUUUCCAGGCCCACACCUGCAUCAAGCCCUUGAGUAUAGCUGGUGAUGAGGACGACGUUAAGACCAACAGUGGGAAUGGUGCCAUAGCAGAUGAAGAAGAUUUUGAAUCUGAGGACCUCAGAGAAGUGUAUCCCGAAGAGGCUGAAGAAGGAGCGAUGGGUGGCAUCUACAUCUCGGGAUUCCGGCGGAGUUUCCGUCUGUGGAGGAGGAUGACCCACCGUAAGCGUCGCCAAUCCUGCUACUCCUGUUCUCCCAACACCUCGGCUCUGUCCAGCCCCUAUGAAGAGGUGGUCAGCUACAAGAGACGACCUGACGACCCGCACAGACUGAUCAUCCUCGUAGGUCCUUCUGGUGUCGGGGUGAAUGAACUGAGGAAAAGACUGAUCAAACUCAACCCACACACCUUCCAGGGAGCUGUGCCUCACACAACGCGACCAGCCAGAGAUGGAGAGGUGACUGGCAAAGAAUAUAACUUUGUCACCAAAGAGCUGUUUGAUUACAUGGUGUGCAACCACAGGUUCCUGGAGUACGGUGAAUAUAAAGGCCAUCUAUAUGGGACCAGUAUUGAUGCUGUCAAAGACGUGAUAGACAGUGGAAGGAUGUGUGUUAUUGACACUGAGCCACAUAGCAUCCUGUCCGUGAGGAAUAAGAAGUUCAAGCCUUAUGUCAUCUUUAUAAAGCCUCCCAGUUCAGAACGACUGAGACAGACACGGAGGGAUGCACGCGUCAUCACCAGCUGUGUUGUCAACAGACCUUUUAAAGAUGUUGACUUUGAGGAGAUGGAGGAUGCUGCCAGGUUCAUGGAGGGGAAGUACGGUCAGUACUUUGACCGCGUCAUAGUCAACGAGGAGCUGCAGGAUGCCUGUAUGAAGCUGUUCAAUACCAUACAGCUGGCUCAGGAGGGACCACAUUGGAUACCUGCCGCAUGGCUCAGUACUGAGGACUAGAGAAA